AUGGCAGCGCCGUCGCGCGUUGACGCGCAAGCCGCCUCCCGCACGCGCGCUGCCACCCAGACCCGCCGCGUGCCGUCUCGCCGCGCCCGGAACGCCGGAACGCCGGAACGCCGGAGCUGUCACGGCGAAUCAGGCUGCAGAGGCUCAGUCAGAGGGGGCAGACGGAGGGGGGGGGGAGAGGGCCAGACGACCACCUCAGUCCACUCCGGCAGGACCCAGACUGGCCUGUGUCAUGUCCGGCAGGGGGACUGGGUCGUAAAACGCUCUGAGGCAGAGUUGAGGGAGGGGUCUUUUAAAGCCGACCAUGGAUCUGGACUCUCAGUGUCCCUGCAGCCGGACCUACACAGAGAUGGAUUUCGCGGCCUUUCGCCCCUUCACAUCCUUCAGAUCGGCUCCAUCCUCCGCGUAACCCCCCCCCCCCCCCCACCCCCACCACCCCCCCGUUGGGGAGUCCAUGCCACACACCCCCCCAGAGCGAUGGGGUGUGUCAAAUCCAAGAGGAGCGACCUCGCCUCCCAGAACGCCAGCUCCGCCGCGGCGGACAAGGGGCCGCGGGGGGAGCGGGCCUACCUGGUCCCCUCGGAGGGGGGCCCGGCGGAGAGCCCCCCCCAGGUGAACCCCGUCCUGCUGGAGUACGCCCAGAAGCUCUCGGAGGAGAUCGUGGCCCGGGCCGUGCAGCAGUGGGUGGAGGUGGACAGCCGCUACAGCGACAUUCCCUACAUCGAAUGCGACGUUCCGUGA